AUGGUCUCAUCCUGGCUCCUGGCAGCAUGGGCUGCGUCGACGGUAAUGGCGACACGGCCAUCAAGAGAAGCUCCGUACUUUCGUGACUUUUUUUACGUCGGCGGCGGAUACGUCGACAAUGGCAGCGGCGAGCAUAUCUUUCGGGACCAGAUGUACGUGGAGAGAUUGGAGCCUGUACAUGGCGUGACGCAGGCCAGUCCGAUUGUGAUGAUUCAUGGACAAGCACAGACCGGCACCAACUUUUUGAACAAGCCAGACGGCGGCACUGGAUGGGCGAGUCGAUAUCUACAGCAGGGAUUCGAGGUCUACAUUGUCGAUCAAACCUUCCGCGGCCGUUCGGCGUGGGCCCCAGGAGUCGGACGUCCAACACCAGCAACGUAUUCGGCAGAGCUCAUUUCGAAGCGGUUCACUGCAGUGCAGGAUUACAACCUCUGGCCCCAAGCGAGGUUACACACGCAAUGGCCAGAUGAUGGCAAGAUCGGGAGUGAGGUUUUCGACGCCUUCUACUCGUCCAAUGUGCAAUUCAUCUCCAAUGCUACAUAUCAGCAAUCUACGGUGCAGGCUGCCGGUGCUCAAUUGCUGGAUCGCAUCGGCAAGCCAGUGGUUUUGUUGGGCCAUUCACAGGGCACUCUUAUGCCUUUGCUGAUCGCAGACGCUCGACCGAAGCUGACAAAAGCCAUCAUCCUGAUCGAGCCAACCGGGCCACCCUUUCAAGAAGCUGUUUUCGGAUCUGCCCCAGCAAGACCAUACGGCUUGACCGACAUUCCGUUGACUUACUCGCCUGCUGUUACCAACCCUGCCACUGAUCUGGUUCAGCAAACGUAUCCUCCACCAGUCGCCAACACGGACAACUCUACUGUUCCAUGUGUUUUGCAGGCGAAGAAUCCCUCGCCACGACAGCUCCCAAACUUGUCUCCGCUGCCCAUACUUGUCGUCACUGGAGAGGCAUCUUAUCAUGCCCCGUACGACUACUGCACCGUCGAGUAUUUGAAGCAGGCUGGAUGUGCAAGCACCAAACACUUGCCUCUCUCUUCGGUCGGCGUAAAAGGCAAUGGACACAUGAUGUUCCUGGAGAAGAACUCUGAUGAAAUCUGGAAACACAUUCAGGAAUGGGUCCGUACGGUGAUAUGA